AUGUUCGCCUCUGUGAAGACGCUCCUCGUCUGUGGUGCCCUCGCCCUCGCCGCCGCCGCGCAGAACAUCAACAUCGCUCUGCCCACGGCGUUGACGUCUGUCAACCCCGGCGACAACGUCACUGUGCAGGUCGAAAAGCCGAACUCCCUCACCGGCUCGACCGAAGUCGGCAUCGCGAUCGGCCUCAAGUCCUGCACGGGCUACACCGGCGGGUGCGACCAUUCUCCUCACCUCGUCCUGGGCGCCGACCUACUCCUCGACGAGUGGUACCCGUACCAGAACUUCACCGUCACGAUCCCGGAGAGCUUCCAGAGCGGGCAGGCGAUCCUGAGCGCGACGCACCUGGUGCUAGUCGGGGCGGGUCCAUACGCGGACACGGAGACGGUCAACCAGACGAUCACCGUCGCGUAG